AUGGAAGUUGCGUCAGAGGGAGGCGAGCGCCUGGGAACCCGGAGGCCUGGAUCCCGGCCGAGAGUGGAACGGAGUCGGCGCCGCUGCCUCGGCCGAGCCUCCUGCGCCCGCCCGACCCACCGGCUUCACCGCGCCCUCGCCCCGCGCUCCCAGCUCACUCGCUCCCGCCGCGCCCGCGGCGGCUUCUCCUCCUCCUCUUUCGCCUCCUCCUCUUCCUUGGCUUCGUCUCUUCCUCCUUCUCCUCCUCCUCUUCCUCCUCCUCUUUCCCCACCUCCUGCGGCUCAGCCACCGCCUCCUCCACCACUACCACUCCCUCUGGGGCACCCGGGUCCCUGCAGAGUCCCGGGCCGGCGCCGCCUCCGCUGCGGCCCCCUGGAUCCCGAGCCUACUGAGUCCGAGCUGGUAGGACAGACAGACGGACGGACAGUCGUGCAGAUUCCUCGCGCCGAGCGCUCCGCCGCUGCUGCCCCCGGCGGCCCCGCGUCAGGGGAGCCGGGAUCGCCCCCGGAGCACCGCGAGGGUAAGCGACACAGUGGCUGCAGUUUCCUGGCCUGGCUGCCUGGGGAGGCGUCUGAACACACCCAGGAUGCCAAGCUCUCCAGAUCAAGAGUGGAUCACAGUGCCAACCAUGUGGACGUGCAUCUCCUGCAAAUGGGCUUUGGCACAUCUGGCCUGUCUGUAGAAUUUUCUCCAUCCAGGUGAUCCAUCUUGCCCAUGCCCAGUGUGGUGGAAAGCUAUAUUCUAAUUGUACAAGCAUCAGAGUUCCAUGUUUCUGCCCCUGCUCGGAGCCCCCUUCAUCCUGGUUUAUGGGGCAGCUGCUCAGGUGUCCUGGGAACAAGAUAGGCUCUAUUUCAUUGCUCAUUUGCUGCCAGGGCAUCUUUCAUGAGAGAUGCACUGAUGGCACCUGUCCCAGGUACUGUGCUAAGCGCCUAUUCAAGGAUCUGUCUCACCAGUCCUCCCAGCAAUCCAUUGAAGUACGUCUAUUUCCACUUUCCAGAUGAGAAAACUGAGGCUCUGAAAUGUUAAGGGAUUCACCCAAGGUCACACACAGCUAGUAAAUAUGAAAGUCUGUAUUCCAAAUCCGGUCUGUCUGACUCCAACAACCCCCCCCCCCAUCACCAUCUCUUAUUUCCUAUCAAAAUACCCGCUUUGCCCCGAUGAGGAAGUUGAGGCCCAGAGGGUGAGGAAAGAGAUAAUACUUUACUGUUAAGCCCCCCAAAAAGUCAACGACCCUAGGAUACAGAGCUGGGAUCUCAUUCUUUCCAGAGCAUUUAUUCCAGGUCCAGAAGCGAUAAUAAACAGUUGGUAUACAGGUAGCAUAUAUGGUUUACAAAGAUCUUGCUCACACAGUACUGCAAUCACAUGUCCCACCAACUCACUGAGGUGGAUACUGUCAUUAUUACCCCAGUUGAGAGAGGCAGGAACGGGCUCAGUGAGGUUGAACAACUUGUGCACUGGCCAGCCAGCUCACCCAGAGCCUUGGCACCAGCCCCGGGCAGGCCCAUUCUAAGCCUCUGGGCUCUGCAGACACCACAUAUGGGACCAUUUAACCAACGGAGUUAGGCCUUACAUUCUGUUGUGAAAUUGCUAGGUUGUUUUCUCUUUGUUUUAAGUGUUCCUGCAAGUAUUAUUUUAGGAUUCAAAACUUUUUCUUCAUUUAUGCCUCUCUUAUAACUCAUUCUUUCUCCCUGUGUGCACCCAUUGGUGUUGUAGGGCCAUCAAGGAAACAGGACACAGAGUUGCCCCUUAUCUGUGUUCAAAUGAUAUUCAGAGAGCAUCGUGUAUAGAUUUUAUCUGCAAUUGUAUAUUUUGCUCUAUAACCAUUAGCUUUAUGCAUCUCACUAAAAUGGGUGAUCAAGAGGUUAAAAUUAUAUAUGUGCAUAUAUCUAUUUUUCAUUAUUUUAAUAGAAUUUUUCACCUUUCCUUUAGACAAUGUUUCCUCUUUGCUAAGAUCCAAGAGAAACAGUUUGAGGUUGGAGGAAUCCUUUGGUCAAAUGGUUCCAUAUCUAAAGGGAUAAUCAAUAAUCCAGACAGGAAAUGGCUUGAGGGGUCUUUGACUUUGAGAUGAUGUACCAAGUCCCUUGCCACUAGCAAGAGCCUUGCCAGGGAAGGGUGUUCUCAGCCGUCAGAUAGCUAACGCUCUAUCCUGCGUUCAUUCUGAACCUCACUUGUUCACUCUCCACAAGCACUAUGUUCCCUCACCCCAUGAAAAAGCUUUAUUUUUUUCUCAUUCUUAUAAAAUGAUAUGUGUAUUUUAUAUUAGAUCAGAAUGUAUAAAGAACAAAGUAACAAUCACUUCAACUUCUACUAGCAGAUAUCACCACUGUCAAACAUUUGAGGAUGUUAACUGUUGACACCUUGGAAAAGGAAAGAAACUAGAUUAUGUCUACACGUUUUUGUUAUUGCUGUUCCAGUAAAUAAAGA